AUGUCAACGUCGACGCCAUGGACGCGAAAAGGCUCCUCCCUACCCUCUGACCGUAUCAAACCCAAACCCAACCAAUCUCCAGGAAAACGAAAACCACAACGACAACCAACACCCAAAAGCAAAGCCCUCCAAUCCCUCCUGCACGCCCUCCAAAGCACCACCACCCCAACCCCAGACCCCAAGGGCGGGUGUUUCUGCCAAGCGAGGGUCCACCCCCUCUCGCGAUACACCUCCGCCUGCCCCACCUGCGGCCUCGUCCUAUGCUCGCUCAACCCCCCGCAGCACGCCUGUCCGCACUGCCGCGCCGCGCCACCCCACCCCGAGCUGCUCAUCGCUCGUGUGCAGGCUGAGAUCAAAAGAGAGGAGGAGGAGCACGAGAGGGAGGAGGAGGAGCGAAUCAGGGCUGCUGGGGCGUUCCCUACUUUACCGGCGGCGGGAGGGGCACCAACACCGACACCGACACCUUCACAGCAUAAAGUCCUCUCCGUCAAUUCCAAGACUAAAAAGGUCACGGUCAAGGUCGCGUCAACCAGCACCGGCACCAGCACUUCCCGAGCAGAGACCCCAGAGCCCAUACGCGUCCCCCCGCCAGCCCCCCCAGAAGCACCGCGCAAAGUGGAUGAAGCCAGGCCAUUCGCCAAUUACGUCGUCGGCCACGCGGCAAAGUACGUACCAAGUCCAAGUGAGACGAGGACGAAGAAGACCAAGAAGAAGGAAGAGACGAGACCGCUGUAG